AAAAAAAAAUUAGAAAUCACCAGCUAACUUCAAAGUUGUCUUAAACGCGCAAGUGACUUUAAUAUAGGCUGUGUUCUUCAAAGUCAUAACGUCCCUGCUGCUUUAGUGUUUGGGAUCAUAUUCAUGACUGACAAGUUUAAUAUCUAUUUUUAUGCAAUUUGCGAAUAAUUAAAAUCUGUCAUCAAGUUCCAGUUUCCGUGUCUCUUGCACAAAAACAAAACACGAACGUCUUUUAUCACACGUUUUUGGCGUUGUAAUUUGAUAAAUAAUAACAGCAGUUAUGUAUCGUUCGACGCAAACAGCUGUUAAGCAGCUGUUGCUAUGGUUUCCUCCUCAAGCGAAGGAAAUUUGUGCUCGCGAGUGGAAGCUGUACGUUUAGCGCACUCUGACGAACUUGCGCCGCUACCGAAACGUUGUUUGCAAAAACGUAUAUAUGUUUGUGUAAAAACAAAACGAACUCGCAAGAGCUCCGACUUUUUCCCUUUUGAGUUAACCGCGUGGUCAAACCCCCAUAAUUCGCACCCUGAAGUAAUUUAUUGAAUGUAGCAAUCGAGAUCAUGUCCAGAUCUAACAGCGUGAGCCCACCCGGCGCUGGCGCUCCUGGACUGAGGGGAGGGACGGAGCACAGAUCCGCUUGGGGCGAGUCUGAGUCCGUGGCGAACGGAUGUCCAUACUCGGCCAGAUCCUCCUGCAAAAAGCUCAUACGGUCCAACAGUCGGUGGAGAGAGGACGAUGACUUCGAGCGACAACCGGGCCGAGCCACGACCACCGUCAGCCGGGUUAGUUUCAGAUCCAAGUCCGCCUGGCAAGAACACGGGGAGGAGAGCCGCAACAAUAACAGAUCUUCCCCGAGGUACCGAGAUGGAGAAGUGAGACCCAAGUCCGUGGAGCUGGGUUUGGAGGACAGGAGAACCAAGUCCAAACCAGAGGAGGAGCUCAUGCCUGAAGUGAACUUUUCCCUGAGCGCGUGCUGCAACGGCGUGAUGCAGAUUUUCAAAUCCAAGAAGUUCCAGUCGGAGAAGUUGGAGAGACUUUACCAGCGCUACUUCUUCCGACUCAACCAGAGCAGCCUGACGAUGCUCAUGGCCGUCUUGGUGCUGGUGUGCGCGGUGAUGCUGGGGUUCCACUGCGCCGGGGCGGUGUGUCAGGUCGCUUACGCGGUGGUUUUCUCCACGGCGAUCUUGCUCAUCCUCACGCUGAUGGUCGUGUGCAACAGGAACGGCUUCCAUCAGGAUCACAUGUGGAUAGUUUGCUAUGUGCUCAUUUUGGUGGUGCUGACCGUACAGGUGACCGGCGUGCUGUUCGUGGAGCCGCGCAGCGCGUCUGAAGGCAUCUGGUGGACCGUGUUUUUCAUCCAUGUCAUUUACACGCUUCUGCCGGUGAGGAUGAGAGCAGCGGUCAUCACUGGAAUUAUACUCUCUGCCAUACACGUGCUGGUCUCAUGGAAGUUAAACGAAAUGGACAUCUUUUUGUGGAAACAGCUUGUGUCCAAUGUCCUGAUCUUCUCGUGCACUAAUAUAGUUGGCGUGUGCACACACUAUCCAGCAGAAGGCUCACAGAGACAAGCCUUCCAGGAGACAAGAGAAUGUAUUCAAGCCCGCCUGCACUCUCAGAGAGAAAACCAGCAACAGGAGCGCCUGCUGCUCUCUGUGUUGCCAAGGCACGUUGCCAUGGAGAUGAAGGCAGACAUCAACGCCAAGAAAGAGGAUAUGAUGUUCCACAAGAUCUACAUCCAGAAGCACGACAACGUCAGUAUCCUGUUUGCGGACAUCGAGGGCUUCACCAGUUUGGCAUCUCAGUGCACGGCUCAGGAGCUUGUGAUGACCCUUAAUGAGCUUUUUGCUCGCUUUGAUAAAUUGGCUUGGGAAAACCACUGUCUGCGGAUCAAGAUCCUGGGGGACUGUUAUUACUGUGUGUCUGGACUUCCGGAGGCAAGGGCAGAUCAUGCGCACUGCUGCGUGGAGAUGGGAGUAGACAUGAUUGAGGCCAUCUCAUUGGUGCGAGAGGUCACGGGAGUGAAUGUGAACAUGCGCGUGGGAAUACAUAGCGGCCGUGUGCACUGCGGGGUGCUCGGCCUACGCAAAUGGCAGUUUGACGUGUGGUCCAACGAUGUCACACUGGCCAACCAGAUGGAGGCGGGAGGUCAAGCAGGGCGGAUCCACAUCACCAAAGCCACACUGCAGUAUUUAAAUGGUGACUAUGAAGUGGAACCAGGUUUUGGAGGGGAGAGAAACGCAUACUUGAAGGACAACAACAUCGAGACGUUUUUUGUCCUGGGCUGCAGUCAGAAAAGGAAAGAGGAAAAAGCAAUGAUGGCUAAGAUGCAGCGUGCUAGAGCCAACUCUUCAGACGGUCUGAUGUCGCGGUGGGUUCCUGACAGAUCUUUCUCCAGGACUAAAGAUUCCAAAGUCUUCAGACAGAUGGGCAUAGAUGAAGCCUCCAGCAAAGAUAACCGCUGCGCCCAGGAGGCCCUGAACCCGGAGGACGAGGUCGAUGAGUUUUUAGGACGUGCCAUCGAUGCUCGAAGCAUUGACCAGCUGCGGAAAGACCACGUCAAGAAGUUCCUGCUCACAUUCCAAACACCUUUUCUGGAAAAAAAGUAUUCAAAAAAGGUGGAUGAUCGUUUUGGUGGUUAUGUGGCCUGUACACUAGUCGUCUUCUGCUUUAUUGUUUUUAUACAAGUCANGAGUUGGUGUUGUAUUUUGUCUUGCAGUACACCAUUAAUGCUGGGCAUGUUCAUCAGCAUCUUUAUUAUUCUCGCCCAUGUCCUCUUUAUAUGUGCCAUUUACUCCUGUGUUAAGCUUUUCCCCGUUACCUUGCAGACAGUGUCAAAGAGGAUUGUUCAGUCCCGUGUCAAUAGCACACUCGUCGGAGCCUUUACAAUUCUGCUUCUUUUCAUCUCUGCCUUUGUUAAUAUGGUAGGAAUUUGAUCUGAGUCUGAUGCUUGGUGGGAAAGGAAAUCCUUUGUCAGUUAUUUAUUUAUUUCUUUAUUUA